AAGGAAAAUAUCUGUGUUCUUUUUUGUAUCUUAAUUAAUCUGAACCGUCUUUCUUAUUAACCCACGUCAAAAUCAAAUGUGAACCAAAGUGAGACCAGCAAACCAAAUCUCGUCGCUGUUUCAUCUCUUUUGUAUGAAUUUAAUAACGAACGAUGUCGGAAACAAAAGGUUCGAAGACAAUGGGAGAAUUGGGGAAGGCGAUAGGAUUGCUGAUAAGCGGGACGCUUGUGUACCACCACUGCGCUAAUCGAAACGCGACUCUUCUCUCCCUCUUCUCCGAUGUGCUCAUCGUUCUCUUGUCCUCCCUCGCCAUCCUCGGUCUUCUCUUUCGUCAACUCAAUGUCUCGGUACCUGUGGAUCCAUUAGAGUGGCAAAUAUCACAAGAUACAGCCAGCAAAAUCGUUGCACGCUUAGCUAAUACUGUUGGAGCAGCUGAAUCCGUUUUGCGUGUUGCAGCUACGGGCCACGACAAGAGGCUAUUUCUUAAGGUUGUGAUCUCUCUUUACUUCUUGGCAGCUCUGGGACGAAUCAUAUCGGGUAUGACCAUUGCUUAUGCAGGACUAUGUUUGUUCUGUCUCUACAUGGCUCGUCUGAACUCUCAAUCUACCGGAAACUCUGUACUGAGACGAACUAACCGAGAGACUUCAGAAUGAGAAGAAGCAGUGCUUCAGAGUUUUGAAGAUUUGACUCUCACAAUCACAAUCUGUCUAAAAUUGUUUUCUUCUUAAAUCUUCUUCCCAGCCUAAUUAACAUGUUCAUAUAGCUUUGGAUAGUUACAUUUAUUAUAACCUUUGUAGUUUCUAAAUUUUUUUAAAAAAAAUUUGGUAAUGUGGC